AUGUUCGGCAUCAUGAGCACCCUAAGGAUGUAUCCUCUUCAUCGACAGUAUAUCCCUUAUAUAUACAGCGAAUCGCUGUCGCCAAAACAGCUUUGUUCACGGCCCAAAAUGUCGAGACAGCUAGACGAUAUAGACGAACAGUUGGCAAUUCUUGACGCAGAAAGAGAGUCGCUCCUAAGCAUGAUCCAGGGACUAGAAACGAGGAAGCAGGUUUUAGAACUGGAAAUGAUCAACUGCCAGGUUGAGUCCGCACAGCUGGAGAUGAUAGACAACGAUCUCGAGAAUAUCAUCCACAAAGUCCAUUCGUUUAGUGUCGUGGGCGAUGGUCUGGUUUCUGGGAAUCGGAACCCGCACGAGGCUAUCCGACAGUCCCUGCAGGCGUUAUAUGAUACGUGCAUUCCCCAAACGCAAGAAGACAUAAUCAGCAAUGUUCGCGGACUGGAGAUGGAGCUACAAGAUGUAUUAGUCCAGAUAUCUGAGGCUAACGAGACUCUCCGCAAGGUCGAUGAACUAUACGAGGCUCUAGAUUAA